AUGUCCUACGUCCUGACGACCCUACUACUCGUGUGUAUGGUGCUGAUUCAUUGUACAAAUGCCAUUCAAACAGAAUUACAUGCAGGUAAAUCUGUUUGCUUUUCCGAAGAUUUACCAGCCAACACUCCCGUAACGAUCACUUAUAGUCCUCCUCCAACGGUGGCUCUGAGUACACUCAUUGUGAGAGAUCCGUUUGGAAGCAUCUUGUUGGAAGAACGAGAUUUUACAUCGCAUCAACCUCACCGAACUUUCUUGACCACAAAGGGAGAUGUUUCGGGUCAAUAUGAAAUUUGUAUCUUGCCAACUCAAUUCUCCAAGGAUCAUAUCUACAAGCAACCAGUAUUUGCACAGAUUACCAUUGAUGCAGACAGGUUUCAUUACGAAAAAGAUCAACCAACAACUAAGGAUGAAGUUGAAAAGUUAGAUACUUUGUUGCAAGAUGUGAGACAUAAGAUUGAUUCGAUUAGUUUGGAACAGUAUUAUUUCAAAGAAAGAGAGGAAAGAUUUAGACAUACGACGGAUUCCACUCAUGAAAGAUGUUGGUGGUUGGGAGUGUGUAAAUUCUCAUUACUCGUGGGAGUCACCCUUUGGCAAAUGACAAACCUUAGAUCAUUCUUUAAGAAGAAAAAGUUGAUUUAA